AUGGCGCCGGAAAACGUCGAGCAGCCCCCUACGAUAUCUAUCGCUGAACCGGCCGAUAACAUCAAGUCCGAGCAGGGCAAUGUUAUUGCGGUCAGCGAGGAGGCUCGUGUGGCCACUGGAGAGGAGCACAAACUGGGCAUCGUCAAGGCGCUGUCUACCUACCCUAAGGUCGUCAUGUGGUGCAUGUUCCUGUGCUUGCCCAUCAUCGGUAUACAGUAUGAUGAGACCGUUAUGGGCGCGUACUACGCGAUGCCAGCGUUCCAGCGUCGCUACGGAGACUACGUCGGCGACGGCGAGUGGCUCGUGGAGGCCAAGUGGCAAGCUGCCAUCAGCAUGGCCGGAUACCUGGGCCAGAUUGUUGGUGGUCUCAGUGCUGCCGCAUACCCAUUGGAUCGGUUCGGCCCUCGUCGCUGUCUGUCUGCUGGCGUGCUUGGAAUCACCGGCUGCAUCUUCAUCAUGUUUUUUUCGCAGUCCAUCGAGGUACUUUUCGUGGGCGAGCUGCUGCAGGGUCUCAUUAGUGGUUCGUUCAUUGUCAUCUGUGUUUCCUACGCCUCUGAGCUCACUCCCCUGGCCCUCCGUGGUAUUUUGACUUCCUACGCCAACUUGUGUGCCGUCAUAGGCCAGUUUCUUGGUACUGGUGUGACUUUUGCCCUCCAAAGCCGCCUCGACCAGUGGGCGUACCGUAUCCCGUUCGCGGUCCAGUGGUGGUGGUGCUUGCUGUACUUUAUGUUCAUCUGGUUCGCCCCCGAGUCGCCGUACUGGUUAGUGCGUAAGGGCCGCGAAGAGGAUGCCGUCCAGGUCCUGACCCGGCUGUCGGGCCGCAGCGACUCCGAGCAAGAUGCCCGUAACCGUGUGAUCCUGAUGCGCGAGACUGACCGCAUCGAAAAGGAGCUGUCCCAGAGUGCGACCAUCAUCGAUUGCUUCCGGGGCGCUAACCUGCACCGAACCGAGAUCUGUGUGGUGGCCUACAUUAUCCAAACCUGGGGUGGUGGUGCACUCAUGGGCUACUCGACAUUGCUCUUUGAGCUGGCUGGUUUACCCAGCAAGAACUCCUUUGCACUCAGUCUGGGCGCCAAGGCGUUUUCCUUCACUGGUACUAUUGUGGCGUGGUUUAUGCUGUCGCGAUUCGGUCGCCGCACGCUUUACUGCUAUGGCGAGGCGCUGCUUACAGUGUUCCUCUUCUUGAUUGGCAUUUUGGCUGUGGUACCGCACAACUUGUCUCACCCAGGUCUGCAGUAUUCACAGGCCGUCAUGCUUAUGCUGUUUUCUUUCGUCUAUGACUGCACGAUUGGCCCUGUUGCGUAUGUGCUGUUAGGUGAGAUUUCUUCCACCCGUCUACGAGGCAAGACCAUUGCUGUGGCGCUUGCUAUAAAGGCUGUGUUUGGCAUUGUCAACUCGGAGGCGAUGCCAUACAUGAUGAACAAGGGCCACGCCUACUGGAGGGGCAAGGCUGGCUUCCUGUUUGGAGGAUUUAACCUGCUAUUUACGCUGUGGGCGUUUAUGCGCAUUCCUGAGACCAAGGGCAGGACAUUUGAGGAAAUUGACUUGCUAUUCGAGAGGGGUGUCAAGGCCAAGGACUUUAGCAAGUACGUAUCGGAUGCCGAUUUUGAGCAGUACUAA